AUGUCUGUUUUACCACGUAACUUUAGAUUGCUUGCAGAGUUGGAGAAAGGAGAGAAAGGAUUGGGUGAUGGUUCCGUAUCAUAUGGUUUAGAGUCGCCAGAGGACACCUAUCUUAGCUCAUGGAUCGGAACAAUCAUUGGUCCAAAUCAAAUAUUUUGUGAUAAAGAUUACCCAAACAAACCACCAAGUGUCAAAUUCGAAUCGAAAAUCAAUAUUCCAUGUGUAAAUCAACAGACAGGUGUUGUUGAGCCAAAGAAUUUCCCAUUGUUGAAAGAUUGGAGCGACAAGACAACUAUUGAAACUAUUUUAUUGGAAUUGAGACGUGAAAUGACUACAACUGCAAAUAGAAGAUUGCAACAACCACCAGAAGGAACUUACUUUUAG